GCGAGUGAUGCGCAUGCGCUCUUAACGUCUAGCUGUAAGGGAGGGUUGGAUGCGCCACAGCAAGCCAUGGGAGGCUCUUGCUAAGCGCGCCUUUCAGGCCGGCAAAGCGGCGAGUGGCGCGCAUGCGCGUUUUCCUAACGUCUGGUUGUAAGGGAGUUGGGGAAGACAGGGGGAGCAUGCGCCAUAGCGAGUCAUCGGAGGCUUUUGCUAAGCGGGUCGUUGAGAACGGCGUGUGACGCGCAUGCGCCCUUCCUAACGUCUGGCUGUAAGGGAGGGCUGGUGCGUGGUGAAGAGAGGGAGAGGUGCGCAUGCGCCAUAGCGAGUCCUCAGAGGCGCGCCGGCGGAAGGAAGGAGCAGGAGGAGGGGAGUGGGCAUUUUGCUGCGUCACCAGCCGCUGGGAAACCGCCGUUGCUGGAGAAGGAGCGCGCGCGCAGGGGGGGUAGGGCGCGCAUGCGCGUUGCUUUGUGGGUAACAGGCCUCAGCCUUUGAGCCCAGAAAGAGAGAGAGAGCUAGAAGGAAAGAAGGGAAGGGAGGAAGAAGGAAGGAAGGAGAGGCCAGCGCCGUUGCCCUCGCCGACGCCGUCCUUGCCGAGAGACCUUCAGGCCCGAGAGAGCGGAGAAGAGGAGCCAGAGCCGCCGCUAACGCCGCCCGCCAUGCAGCCUGCUUCUGCGAAGUGGUAUGACCGAAAGGACUAUGUCUUUAUUGAAUUCUGUGUUGAAGACAGUAAGGACGUUAAUGUAAAUUUUGAAAAAUCCAAACUUACGUUCAGUUGCCUCGGAGGAAAUGAUAACUUCAAGCAUUUAAAUGAAAUUGACCUUUAUAAUUCUAUUGAUCCAAAUGAAUCAAAGCAUAAAAGAACAGACAGAUCUGUGUUAUGUUGUUUACGAAAAGGGGAAUCUGGCCAGUCGUGGCCACGGUUAACAAAAGAGCGGGCAAAGCUCAAUUGGCUCAGUGUGGACUUCAACAACUGGAAAGACUGGGAAGAUGAUUCAGAUGAAGAUAUGUCCAAUUUUGAUCGCUUUUCUGAAAUGAUGAACAACAUGGGUGGUGAUGAAGAUGUAGACUUGCCAGAAGUAGAUGGGGCAGAUGAUGAUUCACCAGACAGUGAUGAUGAAAAAAUGCCAGACUUGGAAUAAAAGAAACUGACAUGUGCUGGGGUUUAGGGAAAGAACUUCAUCACAACAUUUCAUAAUUGAGAUAAGAAUUUCUGAGUUGAUAGCUCUAAAGGCAGAAAAUACAUCCUUUAAUUCAUCUUCAACCUGUUUUAAGCAGCUUCAUUGAUUGGUGCAUACCAUUGUUCAGGGCAGUCUUAAGCUACGUGAGGCAAUAAUGUUAUGCAUAAAAGUUUUUCCAGACUUCCAAAAACAAAAUAAAAAACAGACAAACAUUUGAGGUAUAGGCAAUCGAUACAAAACAGUUGCAAUAAAAGGGUUUACAACGCCUCUUUGCCUCAUCAUAAGAUAUUGCGGUGGAAAAACUCAAUUUACAUGAAGUGGUAAAUAUACUUUCCCCCUCACAUUGUGGACUGCAAACAAAGUUUCUGAUUUUAUGCCUGGAACAGAACUGGCUAAAGAAAUGUUCUAAUUGGCUUUCAAAAUUUAAAUUGGUAACAUGCUGUACCUCUAGGGGUAUCUUCAGGGUAUGUUCCACUAAUGUUUAAUGCUCUUCACUUUGUUGUAUUUAAUCACUAGUUAGUGUUCAAGGUAUCCUAGCUAAAACUAGCAACCCCUUUAAAACUUAAAAUGGGUGAAGCCUGUACAUUUGGUUGUUUGAUCUUCAAAGCUCUUGCAUCUCUUAAUGUGGAGGGGUAAGAGAGCGUGUACGUUGUUGCUUGUCAAUCUGUACAUUUAGACCAAAUUGUAUUUGCACUGUUGGUAUGAAAGCGAGUGACAAAAUGUUAAUACACUAUUCGAUCUCUUGGGUUUUUUUUUUUUUUUACCAGCUUAUGAUAAGCCUGAAAACCUCAAUUUGUGUUCAGAGCAGUGGGGAUUUUUUUUAAUGUCUACAUUAUUUCUAAUAAACUGUUGAAGACUCCAUGGCUGUCAACUGUCUGGCUGGCUGUAACUUCAUGUAUUCUUAUUAUUUGUUGGAAUGGAAUACUUUUAUUUCUAGUUGAAAUAAUAGUGCGGGAUUAUUUCAUCUGCUUGAAAAAGGAAAGUUGUAUUCCCAAGCAAACUUUUAAAAAGAAAAUGGGAGCUGUAAGUUGUGGGUACACUGACAACAGUUUAAAAAAAAAGUGUUGUGAUUUGACUAAAAUAAAAAAGUUUUGUCCUCCUUUAAAAUGUU